UGUUUCUUUCUAUUUUGAUCUGUAUCGUUAUUGCAAAAGAAUUAUGCGAUUUUUAGUUAUGUUAACGAAGAAUUAUUAUUUAUAUAACUUGCAACUCUGAAAUCUGCGUACGACAGCUGAUAAUAAAAUAUCAUAAAUUUUGAAAUUAAAAAAGUUGAUCGCUGUAAAACCUUAAACAAUUCUGGGAAAAUGUUGAAAAAUAUUUACCGUCCAAUUACUUUCGAAAUUACAAAAUUUGAAGCAUACUCCGCAUUGCUGCCUUGCACUUUUUAUAAAAAAAAUAUGGGAACAUUAGAUGAAGUACCAAAAAAUUCGGAUGAGUUUACCAAGGAAUUUGUGAGAAAUCGUAUUAAAAUGACAACAUUUCAGAAGAUGUUAUUAAGUGCAGGUUCAUCCAUUUCGGCUCUAUGGGAUCCCAGAAGGCAUGAUAUGAUUGCUUGCCUAGGUGAGACAACGGGGGAAAAUGCUUUAAUCCAAAUUUCGCAAAAAAUGAAAGCGGACGAAGAAGGUCGCCGCAUAAUAAAACGAAAGCCCCGUAUAAAUACCCGAACAGUUAACAUUGCAGAAUUACGCAAGCUGCCAGAAAACAGUUUUGGCUAUGUUUACGUAAAAUUUUUAGAUGACAAUAAUAUUACUCCCGAUUCUCGUACAGAAGUUCGUUUCAUGGAGGACCCUGAACUAGCUUAUAUAAUGACAAGAUAUCGAGAAUGCCAUGAUAUGGUUCAUGCUGUCUUAGACAUGCCCACAAAUAUGUUGGGUGAAGUAGCUGUAAAAUGGGUGGAGGCAUUAAAUAAUGGUCUGCCUAUGUGCUACAGUGCCGCGGUAUUUGGGGCUUUGCGUUUAAAACCUAAGCAACGUAAGCAGUAUUUACGUGCUUAUUUGCCCUGGGCCUUACAAAAUGGUAGAAAUGCCAAAUUUUUGAUGACCGUAUAUUGGGAAGAACGCUGGCAGCAGGACAUAAAUGAAAUGCGGAAGGAGCUACAAAUCGAAAUUUUAAAAUAGUGCAAGCUGGCAACACUACAGCAUUUGCGAUUGACCUCUUCUUUUUGUUUGACGUUUAAUAUGAACUUACUAUGACAUAAAAUAUAUUAUUUUUGUUUUCGUUUUAAAGAA